GAUUCCGCCGCGUGAAAUCUUUAACCGCACGGCUUUCCCCGCUCCCGAUCGAUCAUUUACACCAUCAGCAUUAAUCCAAACCGUUGAUGAGAACGGUAAGGGAGGGAGGGAGGGAGGGAGAGCGGGAGGGGGAAAACGAGCACGGGAGAAAUACCAAGCAUCUCCCAUGGCCGGAAAACGCAGGUAUUACCCCUAAAGACUGAUCCAACGAGCCUUCAGCCAUCAGAUCCAUCCCACAUCGUAUCCGUCUCCAAAGGAUUUAGGGCUUGAGGUCUCCCUGCAGGCCAAAUUCCGCGAUCUAAUCCGACCGAAUGCUCUCCUCGAAACGUAUACCCAGAAUCCUGUUGGUAUACUUGUAGCCUCAAUGAAGGGGCGCUCCCACCGCCCUCCUCCAUCCGCUCCCCUUGAGGACUGGGGUGAUGGCCAAUGGACGGUGGACUGCUCCUGCGGCGUGAACUUCGACGACGGUGAGGAGAUGGUGAGCUGCGAUGAGUGCGGAGUUUGGGUGCAUACCCGCUGCUCCCACUAUGUUCGAGGGGAGGCUUCUUUUGCCUGCCAUAAAUGCAAGGCCGCGGCUACCAAGCGCUCCCGCACGGUCGCCACCUCCGCUGUUAAUAACUUUACCCAUGAUACGGAGGAGACCGAGGUCGCACAACUUCUUGUCGAGUUGCCUACGAAGGCCGAUCGCCCUCCGCCGAUCCCACCUGUUGGUGCGCCGUACCGCCCUCCUUUCAGGUUAUGGGCUCAUGUACCUAUGGAGGAGCGGGUCCAUGUGCAGGGCGUCCCUGGUGGCGAUCCUUCUUUGUUUCGGGGGUUAUCUUCAAAGAUAUUAUCGCCGGAGUUGUGGAAGUGCACUGGAUAUGUUCCGAAGAGGUUUAAUUUGAAGUAUAAGGAGUUCCCUUGUUGGGAGGAGGAGGAGAGGGAUAAAGCUAGCCUAGGUGCUGAUGCACUUUUCUCGUUGUCGAAGGAAACCGUGCAAGCUACUCCGGUGAAGACUUCGGAGAAGUUGUUAUCCGGGGACCGAACGAGGAAGGAGGGGGAGAAGAUUCUGUUGGGCGCUCGUCCUUUUGGCAGUGCAAAGAAGGAGAGGAAUAAACUUAGAGUAUUGGGAUCGAGUAAGUGUAGGAAGGAAGAAUCAGGCGAGGAGAAGGAUUUCAGUGGCCGGAAGAGUUCAGGAGGAGAUUUUGAUAAGCCUUUGAUGGAUACGAAGGGGAAAGCUGGAUCUGUUCCAGUGUUUGACUCUAGAAAGGAACAUUUAUGUGAGGAUGGGGAUGGGGGGCUACAUAUUGCGGAAUCUGAUACUCCAGAUGCCAAGAGUGCGCUCAAACGGGAAGACAAGCUUCAUACGUCAAGCUGCAAGAAUCUUGACGAUGGGAUGGAUAAUAGCUUGAGUAAGUCCAAACACAUGCUAGUGUUUAAGACAUCCAGGAGACGUUUCUCUGAUGAGCCACCAAGAUCAAAACUUUCGCUAGAAACACAUGUGAAAGUUGACAAGGCUGAUCGGGCAGACGGAAGGGUUUCUUGUAAACUAAAUACUGUUGCAGCAUGUCAUGUUGAAGGCAGCAAUCCUGCUAAAGGUUUUAUCAAGUCGGAGGAUGCUGUGAAAUCUGCACCGAGCUUCAAAGAACCCAAGGAUGAUAGUCGUGUUCAAACCAUACUUAAUGGAGAUUUAGCUGAUCCAGUAAUGGAUUUGGAUAAGAUGAAUGCUGGCAGUGAUAACCAUAGCAAGCCAGAUGUGACAGAUAUAACCUCUGUUCCUUCCUCUGCUUCAUGCUCUCCUAGUGCCAGGAAGGCUGAAGUCAAUUUGAAAAUUGAAGCUACUGAUGAUCAAGCAAUUGAAAAUUCAGAUUUUCCUGGCCUUAUUCCUGGGGGAAAGCAGUGUGUCAUGGAUGAAUUACCCCAAAAUCAGCUGAAGGCAAAGGAUUGCUCUUCAAUAAUUUCCGAUGAAUCUAAAACUAUGAGUACGCAAUACGAGGAACAGAAAUCUCAGAUGUUGCAGAAAGGUGCUGAUCAUCAGGAAUGUUUGAACGCUUCAGGGAGUGAACCGGUGCUACAUGAGGUAAUGAUGGACUCUCCGGGCUCCUUGAAAAGAUGGAAAUGUCCUGUUGAAUCAAACAAUGUUUCUAAAUUCAAUUGUGCAGCUUCUGGGAAAUCAAAUGCAUCGGACCCACCUAGCCAUUCAGUCCCUAUUGUUCAGAAGGUAGUUGGCAUUGGAAAAGAGUUAUUGAAUUCAACACCUCCAGUUGGCUCCAAAUCAACAGUUUGCGGUUAUCAGAAUUCAACAGCUAAUGUAGUGUCAUCCCCUCUUUCUGGGAGGGCUUUUCAUACAGUGAAGCAGCAGAGAGUAAAGGUGACAAACUGUAGCGCAGGAACUAGAGAUGCUUUGAUGACUUCUACAUCUGGCAGUGAUGGUGAACGGGAAGUUCUGCCACAGCCAGCACUGGUUCAUCCUACUGCAGCAGAAUUUAUGGGAUCAAAAUCUUUCUUCCCUAAGAAUUCUUCCCUGGAAUCUAAAGAACAGCCAUCUGGUCCAUCUUGCCAAGCUUCCGCUGAAAAACACGCAACAACUUCAGCUGCUGUUGAGAAAACUACGUCACUGGUUCAAACUCCAUCUAAUCAACAUAAGGCAACAGCUUCAGGUUCAUUCCAAAAAAAUGACAAGAUAAUCCAACCUAGCACUCAGCCAGCGUCAAAAUUUCUGAGUCACUCUGUUAUGCAAACGUCAGUUUCAACAAAUGCUGCCACUACGCUGAGUGAUGAAGAGCUUGCUUUAUUGUUGCAUCAAGAAUUGAACAGCUCACCUAGAGUUUCUAGAGCGCCUCGGAUGAGACAAACUACAAACACACAGUUUGCAGCUCCAAGUACCGCUAGCGGGCUAUCUAAACGUUUAUACUCUGGGGGAAGAGAUCAAGUUUCGUUUUUUAGAAGAAAGCACAAAGAAGAAGCAACCAAAGAGAGCUCUCGUCGUUCAAGGGAUGCGGUCAGUGAAGGCAAGAAGAUGGUUAGGCAGUCGCCUGAACCCAAGCAAGAAGAAUCAGGGGUCUUUGGUGAUGGUUUUGCUAAAAGGGGCAAAGGAAGUAGAGCUUACGAUACAUCUUUGAAAACUAAUGUUCCAGGUACUUCUAAUGAAGGUGCAAGCAGCUUCGCUCCAUCGUCUGAAGACAAUGGAGCAAGGACAUCAUCACAAAACUCAUCCGCAAAUGUUGAUGGGGAUGCAACCCUUGUAGGCCGUAGUUUGCCUUGCUUAAUUGAUGAAAUCAUGAGCAAGGGAAAGUGUUCCACAUAUGAGGAGCUUUGUGACGCUGUUAGGCCGUAUUGGCAUGGCCUGCGGAAGCCAAAUGGAGAGCGUUAUGCAUAUUCUAGUCACUCUCAAGCUGUUCUAGACUGUCUGAGGAACAGGAGCGAAUGGGCUCAUCUCAUCGAUCGAGGUCCGAAGACCAAUGCAAGCAAGAGGAGAAGGAAGCAUGAUUCCGAAACCCCUGUCAUGGAAUUGGAGCAUGACCAGAACAGUAAUCCUCAGAGAGAGGAUUUUCCAAAGGGAAAAAGGAAUAUUCGGAAACGCCGCCGAUUGCUGGAGCGGGGGCUUGGGGGCACAAGAGAGACCAAAAACACACGCAGCCAAGGCAACUUAUCAGACGAUGAUCCUGCAGCCCUAUCCCAGUCGAGCAACGAGGAAAGCGACAACAAUGGAGGCGACACUUGCAGCUCGAGCUCAGCUGAUUCUGACUGAGGCUCUGGUGCAGGUAAAAAUUUCCCAGUUUUUGCAGCAACUUUGUUUAUAAACGAGCUGGGUGUUCAAAUAUUGAAAUGUAGAGCCAAAACGCACAUGAUUGAUUGUGUUAGGUUAGUGUAGAAUAGAGUGAUUUUGCUGUAGGAUAAUGUACUUGAUUGAAGUGCCCAAUUCUUUUUGGGUUAUGGUAUAGCGUAGUAAAGUAGGAGUAACAGAAAUACUGUGUUAUGUAUAUUUUGUAAUAUUGUAUGUAAAAUUUGAUAGUUACCCUCUACUUGUUAGAGCGCAGGGCAGCUGAACUACAGUGAACAUGAAGCAGUUGCUGUUAAGACCGGGUGAUUUCUUUCGAACCCAGCCUGAGUAAAUAUCAGAAUAACAUUGUCGUUGUCAGUUUUAAGCUUUCUCGUUAUAAAAUUAUCAAAUUUCAAUUUAAAUAGUGUUUGCCAAGGAUUUUUGGAUAAGCUAGAUUGCCUGUUUUAUGAAAGGCCUUGUUUGUCUGAGCGAAGAUUGACUUUAAUAUGUGAUCAUCGGAAAUAUAAAAAAUGU